UAUCAUGGCCACUCUGAGUAUGAAGCCAGGCCAGAGGUUCACACUGCCAGACUGGUAUAUCAAUUCUGACCUCCUCUCUACCAAUGCUGAGCGCCAACGUUCUGCCUCCCACCAGAUCAGGCAAGAAGCCCGGAUCCUUCGCAAUGAAACAAAUAACCAGACAAAAUGGGAUGAGUAUGACAACCGCACGCGUCUCAAUGAGCGUCUUGACACGGUCAAUCGAUGGAAAGAAACUCUGGAUAAAUGCCUCACCGACAUCGACACAGAAAUCAAUACCUUGACCCAAAUGAAGGAGGCAGCAGAACGUGCCCUCCAAGCUAAAAACCUGCUAUUGGAUGUGGCCAUUGAAAACCUCACUCUCCGGGAGAGUCGCCGAGCCAUUGAUGUAGUGAAAGACCACGUGGAGGACGAGCUGCAUAAGGAAGUGGAAGUGAUCGAUGCCACCAAGAGAGACCUUCAGCAGAAAGUCAGUGAGGCUUUUGAGCAGCUCUGCCUCUUGCAGGAAGCCCGCCAGCAGUUAAAUUUUGAUCAUCGAGGGAAAAAGGAAGCCCUGGAGAUCGACCAGACCUGUGUUUCUUUCAGCGUCAAUUCUCCCAAUAUCUCCUACAAAGUCAACCCCACCCGGGUGCCAAUUGGAACCGUCACACCAGAGCAGUGGGACCAGUUCAGUCAAUACAACAAGGAUCGGGCAGAGACAGAAAUGAAAGCAGCUACAGAGCUGAGAGAAGCCAUUGCUCUCACCAUUGCGCAGACUGACAACGAGUUAGAAGCUCAGCGAGUGGCUACUGAAUUUGCCUUCCGGAAGAGGAUCCAUGAACUGGAAAAAGCUCUUGAUGAGCUGAGAUGGCAAGAGAAGAACACUUUGGAAGAAAUUGCUGAGAUGGAGGAGGACAUUAGACGCCUGGAGGAGGAUCUCCGGAGGAAAAUGACCAGUCUGAAAUUGGCUCACACUCGCCUGGAGACUCGGACUUACCGUCCCAACAUGGAGCUUUGCCGUGACCAGGCUCAACAUGGAUUAACUGAUGAAGUUCAUCAACUAGAAGGCACAAUAGCUGCAUUGAAACAAAAAAUGGCACAGUCACAGGAUGCUCUGGAUGCCCUGUAUAAACACCUGUACCGCCUCCAGACAGAUAUUACCUACAAGACAAACUCCCUGAUACUGGAUAACAAAUGCAUGGAUGGCAGGCGAAAGCUGACAGUCCCGGCUGAGAAAUUUGUGCCCGAGGUGGACACUUUCAACCGUACUACCAACCGUACUCUCUCGCCCCUCAAGAGCCGGCAACUGGAGCUGGCAUAGG